CUCAUUGGCUACUGCUUCCUGUCACGUCACGGACGCUAGCUCUCAGAGGAGGAAGCCGUGCAGAGCGGUAGAGGUGUGCUGUUAGUGUCGGCUCGCUCGUGAUGUCAAGAUGCCCAAAAAGAAGACUGGAGCGCGAAAGAAGGCAGAGAAUCGCAGAGAAAGGGAGAAACAGAUAAGAGCCAAUCGGGGAACUGUGGAUCUGGCUAAACACCCCUGUAAUGCUUCCAUGGAGUGUGACAAAUGUCAAAGACGGCAGAAGAACAGAGCAUUUUGUUAUUUUUGCAGUUCUGUGCAAAAGUUACCUAUGUGUGCUCAGUGUGGGAAAACUAAAUGUAUGAUGAAGUCCUCUGAUUGUGUCAUUAGACAUCCCAAUGUGUACAGCACUGGUAUGGCCAUGGUGGGUGCAAUAUGUGACUUCUGUGAAGCCUGGGUGUGCCACGGCAAGAAGUGUCUUAGCGUUCAUGCCUGCACAUGUCCUCUCAAUUGUGCCGAAUGCGUUGAAUGUGAACGGACAGUCUGGGAUCAUGGUGGCAGAUUAUUUAGCUGCUCAUUCUGUUACAACUUUCUUUGUGAAGAUGACCAGUUUGAACACCAGGCCAGUUGCCAGGUUUUGGAAGCAGAAACCUUUAAGUGUGCCUCCUGCAAUCGAUUAGGACAACAUUCAUGCCUCCGCUGCAAGGCUUGUUUCUGUGAUGAUCAUGCUCGAAGUAAAGUUUUCAAGGCUGAGAAGGGAAAGCCCCCACCAUGCCCUAAAUGUGGCCAUGAGACACAGGAGACAAAGAACUUAAGCAUGUCAACACGCUCCCUGAAAUUUGGCAGGCAGUCGGGUGCAGACGAUGAAGAUGGUGCUUCUGGAUAUGAAGACUACUGGAAAAAUCUUGCAUCUGGUGGUAAUAAUUAUGAAUAUGAUGAGGAAGAAGAAGAUGAGGAUGGAGAUGAUGAAGAAUGUGGUGAUGAUGAUGAUGGGGAAAAGGACUCUGACACAGAGGCCUCUGAGCCAUUUAGUCACUUGAAUUUAGGCAAUACAUACGCCAGUGGCUAUGCCCACUAUGAGGAGUCCCAGGACUCAUGAAGAUGCAAUGUAAAUACAUGCAGUUUGGUCAAAGGGAAGUAAUCUCCCAAACUACUUUCACUGACUGGUUUUAAAACAGUAUGCCUCUUCGAAAAAUAUUUUGGAUUGCAGUACUAUAACACAUGUUUGUAAAGUAAUGCAAGUUCCCCAUUACAUCUUAAAGUAACUGUGUCAUUAUUUUUGUUUUUUUCUUUUAAUUUUAUUUUCCAUGAAUCUUGAUAAAUGUAAAGGUAAGUGACAUGGUAGGGAAUAUAGUUAUUAUCUUGUCUUCCUUGUGCCCUAUCGAAGUAUACAUACGCCACCAUUUUGUUCUCCUCUGUCCAUGAUGUCUACAGUUUGCCCUUAUGUGGGAUUCUUUUGACGGAUUGUGGGUAAAUUAAAUUUGCAACUGAAAUAGAACUUUGAUUAAACUUUGCCCAUUGCUAAACACUUGCCAAAGAUAAGAAAAAGUAGUCCUUACUUUAUUUCAUGCAUACCUUAAAAAACAAACAGGUGAUUUUUGAAAAAUCAAAAACAAGGCAACCAAGCAGACACAAAGGGCUUAAUUUAAAAACAAAAUCUGCAAAGUGACAGAAAGGCCCAUCUCUGAAACCAGUAGUGCAUUAUACAAUUUUAUUGCAAGUAGGUAUCCUCACUCACCUUGAAAAGAGCAGAUUGAUUUGUUGAUAAUGUAGGUAAAUCUUUCAUUUGUAACUGGUGCUCAGUUUUUCUUUUAGUUUAUGUAAGUUGUUUUGCAGAGAUCAAUAUAUCUACCAUUUCCUUGAGGAAAAGGAGGGAGACUUUUUUUUUUUUUACAAAUAUUUAUACCAAUCCGUGUAUAUACAGGGCUAUAAGUAAAGAGUGUUUAAGUGACUGUGAUAGUAAAUAUUGGAGGGAUCGAUCUGCUGUUUACAUUUCUCAGUAAACCUAGAUUUCUUUUGUAAUGUCUGUUUUCUUUUGCCUAUGGGCACUUUGGAUAUUUGCAGUGUAUCUGCAUACCACUUACCUGAUGUGUAGCCUUCAUAUGCAGUGUACAAGAUCUUUACAGGUGUUUGAUUUUAAAUAUUUUUUUGGGUUGUUCAUUUUUAAAAAAAUGUUUUCUUUUACUAUUCACACUUAAAGGGUUAUUCCAAGCACCAUGACCAUUUCAGUGCCUUGACGUAGUCAUGGUAUCUAGAGAGUCUAUAUGUGCAGUAUUUCGCUAUGAACUCUGGCAGCAUGAUUAGCUAGCCCAGAACAAAAGUGUGUGCUGGCUUAUGUAAAUUGUGCGCAAAAUUGGUGUUUGACAACAGCAUGCAGAACAUGCUGACACCAGACAGCCAAUGGCGGCACGUCUUCCGUCCUCCCUGAAAUUCAUCUAGAGAGGUAGUGAUUUCAGCCACGGUGGAUCGGGCUGUGGGAGAAUUUAACCUCGGCAAAGGAAAUUAGGUAAAUUUUAGGAAAUCAUCUGAGGUUCACUAGAGAUAUGUUUUUCAAACAAUUUACCUCUAUUAUUUAACCAAUAUCCAUAUCUAUCAAGCAAACUGGUACUGGGUUACCAUCAAAGCUUGGACCUUUAUUGUGAUUAUAAAACACCAUUGAGAAAGCAAUGCUGUAUUGAACUGCUUCCUUAUCCACGUUUAUUUGUAUAAUCUAUUUUAUUAAUUACUCAAGUAGAUGGUGUUGUUGAAUUUAGACUAUUCUGCAAAGUGUUUUUUUUUUUUGUAUUUUACUGUAUGUGUUAUGAGGCAUUGUUUUAAGAACCUGUCAAAGUAAAGUCAGAUAUGAUUUCAAUUUCUUGGUCAUCAUGAUGAUAAUUGAUUCAUUGUAGAGAAAAGCAUACAUGAGACUUCUAGAUUGUAUUUGAAUUGCAUCAAUAAAAUUAUAGUAAUCUUGAACUAGAAUAA